GUGUAAAGAUGGCUUCAGAGUGUUCCUGCUCCGAGUGAUGAUGUGGAGGAUCCGCAGCUCUGGCUGAUAGACCGUCUGGGUCUCUCUCGGCCGCUGCCACAAACCGAUGUGGUUAAAGGGACCUCAGCUUUGUUUCUGCUUCCUGUUCAUCGCUUCUUCCUUCACCAACAAGUAUGUCCUUUCACAACUGAAGUUUACUUAUCCCACAAUUUUUCAAGGUUGGCAGACACUUGUGGGAAGUUUAUUUCUUCUGACAGCCUGGAAACUAGGAAGGGUGGAAAUCAGGAAAAAUGCUCUAUGGUCUGCCAAGGUUUCCUGGAUCCCUGGUGCAUUACUGUUUGUGGGUAAUAUUUAUGCAGGUUCCCGGGCAUUAUCUAAACUGCCCAUUCCAUUCUUCUUGCUGCUUCAUAAUACAUCUGAGGUUAUUGUCAUAUUCCUGAAAAUCGCCAGAAAAGAGAAAUUGUCUUGGCUGAAGUUCCUCGGUAUCUUUAUGUUUCCUUUAUCUGCUGUCAUUUUGGCAUACAAUGACUCUCAGUUUGACCCAGGAGGCUAUAUCUGGGCAAUGAUACACAUUCUCUGCGUUGGUGUAUACAAAGUAUUUCAGAAGCUAACAAAGUCGUAUUCACUAACUGAGAUUGAGGAGCAGUUCCUAAACUACUUAUACAGUAUGCUGAUAUUAAUCUUACUGGCUCAGCUUUCAGGUGAUGUUUAUGGUGCUUUGGAGUUUCCGUUUCUCAACGCCUACCGAUUUCGCAGCAGCUGCUGUGCAAGUGCAAUUUUGGGAGUGUCCUUGAAGUUUGCUUCUGUAAAUGUGAAGAGUGAUCUGUCUUCAGAACAAUAUGGUACAUUGAGACUGGUAACAAAGGUGUUGACUGCGUGUUUAUCAUUGGUUGUCUUUGAGACUCUUUUGAGUGUAACUACAAGUUGCUGCAGCCACGAAAUUUCCUGUUGCCCACAAUCCUAAGCUGAACGUCAUCUCAAAAAUUCUUCUGAUCCUCUGUGAAUGAUGUGGAGAUUAGCUGUUCAGCAGCAUUUUCAGCAUUUUACAUCUCUGAUUGUUUAUCGUGUUGAUUAUAAGUGUAACACUGAAACAAAGGCACUUGUCACGCAUACUGCACCCAGUACCAGUCUCAGUCGUGAAGAUUUUAGUCAUUCUGUUCUAUCACGACACUUUCCCCUAGCUGCAUGAUUUUGAGUUCUCCCGGGAUAGGGUCUGUGUUGUAUUUUGGCAUUUGUAGUCCGGUUUCUGCAGAUUUAUUUCCCAUCAAAGCCACAUUUGCUGUCCUGUUAGGUACCUGUGUUGAGCCUCAUUGCCUCUAAAUUUCUGGAGCCCAUAUUCUGGACUUUUGGAUUGGGGAGGUUACUGGCUAAAAUAACUAUAGCAGGCAUCACGGUCAUUCUGGAAAUUUGUUAUGUGAGCACAAUCCUGCUUUCUUCAUUAGUUCUGUGACUUGGAUGCACGAUCUGCAAUGUUAAUCUAGAGCAGAAUUCAGGCUGUUAAUGAAGCCAAGCACCACACUGCCAAUCUCAGCAGGCUGAUUUCAAGGUCAUUAUAACAACCAGAGCUGAUCUGUAUGUCACCAGUCAGCUCCCCACUAUUAUGGAUAGGAUGAGGAGCUGACUGACAAUGGGCACUUAGAUUCACGUGGGUGGAGACAACCAGCUUGCCACCAUAAGGGGGCAGCAUGGUGGCUCAGUGGUUAGCACUGCUACUUUACAGAACCAGGGACCCGGGCUCGAGUCCUCCUUUGGGCGACUGUCUGUGUGGAGUUUGCACAUUCUCCCUGUAUCUGAAUGGGUUUCUUCCGGGUGCUCUGGUUUCCUCCUAUGGUCCAAAGAUGUGCAGGUUAGGUGGAUUAGUCAUGGGGAAAUGCAGGGUUUCCGUGAGUAGGUAAGUGGCUGAGUCUGGGUGGGAUGCUCUUCAGAGGAUCAGCAUGGAUCUAACCUGGCCUGCUUCCUCAUUGGAGGAAUUCUACAAGAUGUGAUCUCGAGAAAGUGAAGUGAAGUGGAGUAAGCCUGUUUUGGGAAGGUCUAUAGGAGUCAUAUGACUAAUACCUAGCUCCACAAGGAAAGUAAAGGAACUUAUUUGGCCUCUGCUGAACAUAGGUCCUUUUCCUGUACUCUUUGCUUGAUGGGGAAGCCAUGGGUGUGACCUUGCUUGGGUCACAGCUAAAUUACAAUCAGGACUGGAUUUGUGAAAAAGGCUUCAGGCCAAUGACUUUGACACCUGUCCAAAACAGCCAUCAAAAUUGAAGGCAGUAGGGUCAGCCAGCACACAGCAUUGCCAUAGAGACAAUGAAAAACCUGAACAGAUUCCAGCUCCUAACACAUAUGCUCCUCCUGCCAUUUGCUGAAAGAUAUUAUCUUUUAGCAGGCAAAUUCUCCCACCAAUGUUAAGCCAAUGAGAGGUGAUUGCUUUUUGCUCAGAUAGAUAAUGAGUUAUGGGAAGAAUGUACUGUGCAAUAAGUGGCAGUUUCCCAUUGGAGGUAGGUUGGAUUAUCUAUUGGCAAAUAGAUAAGACCAAUGUAAGACCAAUGAUUAUAAUACAUGGGCCAGAGCAGCGAUUUCAAUUUCUUUUGUGUUUUCAUUAUCUUACGCAUCCAAUAUUGCAAAAGCUUUUUCUAAACAAAUUCUUAUUCAAAGUGUUUAAAACAAAUCCACUUUCUCUCAAAACAAAAGAUGAAGG